AUGGAGACGGAAGAUACCAUGGAGGACCCCGAUGGCGAUAGGUCUCGUGAAGUCAUUGAUGCCUUGAAUAGAGUUAUGAUAUCAGUAAAAAGCAUGUGCAAAGAGAAUGGAAAUUGCAUGGUAUGCGAUAACAUCAUUAGUGCCUCGACCGAUGACGACGUUAUUCGGAUAUAUUCCUAUCUUCUCAGUUGCAUGUCUAGACAUGUAGCUAGUAUUCUCCCACUUGAUUUUAAGGAUCUUUUUGUUGUAGAAAGCUUUAUCCUCGAUAAUAUCUGCGAGAAGAAGAUGCUUGAUUUCAAUAAGAUUUUCGAGGAACAGAAGGGAUGUCAAGAAGCAAUGAGGAGAGAAAUGCUGGAAUUCACUGAAGGGUGCUUGCCAAGUAGUCCUAUGAAUAUAGAUUGUGAGCAGGAGUUGGAGUCUCUUUCAUAUAUGGCCUAUGACAUGAGUAUGAUCUCCGGGAUUGGAGCUUACACUCUGAAAGAAAUAGAACUUCUACUUGUGAUUUUAUUCAGGAGAUCAGAAUCUUCAAGGUUCUUCAAGGUCUUCAACCGAACUGGAAAAAGCAAAGGAAUGCUGAGGUUAGGACUUCUUAUGAGCCUUAAGGAUGGAGAUGAUAUAGCAGUGGACAAAUUGCUUCGAAGUUAUGAUGAAGAAAAUCUUUUAGUUGAAAGCUAUUUUCUAGAUGAUAGUGAAGGGCUUCUUAGGAGAUCCAUCGAUGUUGAUUGGAUAAUGUCUGUGGAAGAUAAUGCAGAAUGGGUUUCUUUCAGAAGAAAAGAGAUGGAAUGGGAAGAAUGCGUCCGUUUCUGGGCUGCAAACAGGGAAGGAUGCGAUGAAGCACUUAAUAAGUCGAUGAUGGACUUAUGCAUCAAGCAUGGAAAAUAUGAAGAAGGAUGGGUUGUCUACUCCCGAGGAUGUAAGAAGACACCUUAUGUUAUCCACAAAGCAUGCCUUCUUACACUGAAGGGGCUGAAGGAGUCUAAUGAUUGCAAAUGGAUUUCAAGACUGUUUGAGGUGGUAGAAGCCUCUGCGCCAGAAGAAGACGAUGCAAAAUACUUGGUUGCAAAUGACAUCAUUGAGAACUUAUCAUCUCUUUCUGAGAAUAUACGAAAUCUUGUUUUAAAGGAGUUCAUAACUAGAAUAGAUCUUCUUGACAAAAACGAAGAAAUCGUGAAUUUAGUGAUAAGAGGACUUCUCUCUCUUUGCAAGAAUUGUGGGAAUGAUCAAGAGUCACAUGUGUCGUUUGGGGAUUAUGCUGAUCUUUUAUACACCAAAUGGAAAAAGCAUAAGCUUUGUGGAAAAUAUGCACCGGAAAGUCGGGAUCAAAUUGACUCAGAAAUAUAUUCAAAUGUACUAAGUGUCUUUGACACCUUGCAUGAUAAAGAAAAGGUUCUCGGAGUGUGCAAAGAUGUUGUCAAUAGUAAUGCAAAGAUAACCAAAGAACUUUGCUCUAGGAUCCAGUCGCUCCACACAGUGAAUCUCAAAUCCUUUAAGACAGAACCCACUUCCCUGGAACAAUAUUCCAUAUUAGAGCGUUUAGUAUCAUUUGUUUUGCAAAAGCAUUAA